UCUUGGGGGUCAUCGUGCAUUCCAGGUAUUUUCAUUGUCUUAUGCUGAUUGGAGGUUGCUAGAGGGGGUUGCCAUGGGUCCUCACCUAGCCUAAGUGUCAGGGACACUUGGCGCUGCAGACCUCUCCUGUUAUUUACAAACAACUCAGCAGGGUGGGUAUGUACUUAGGAGUGCUCUGUGGGUUUUUCCAAGGACAAGGGUCAGCCCCCUUCCUUAGGACAGGCCUUGAGGUGGAAGCUGCUGUUAUUUAUUUUUAAAAAUGGAGUCACAUUAGUUUCUCAGUGUAUGUCUUCACUGCUGUGAAAAACCCAUCUCUUCUGUAGUUGAGCCUGGUUGGAAGACCUCUGGGACUUUUCACCUUCCAGGACCCUCCCUUCUCUCAGAGCCUAAACCAGAGUUCCAGGCUCAGAGGCCUAGGAAGCGUGAAUGACAAGGCCCAAGCCAAUCAGUGGAAAGUAAAAGCGGACACGCCCAGUACAUCCGCUUCCGGUUAGCCCGGGAGUUCUGCGCAUGUCCAGUAGUGAGCUACCACCGUCAGCCUGAAGGAAGUAGUAAAAGAGCUAGAGAUCCUGUCAGUCCUGGCUAAGGGCGAGGAAGGCCCUGUUACUCGGGCUUUAGCUAGACUCUUAGUGAGUGUUCCCUCGGUGGUUCUAAUCCGAGCUCUUCCGCCCUGUGAGUGUCCGUACUUACCGAAGGUUUCAGGCCCACUUUACAGAUUGGCUUGUGUUAACUCAGCGUAGGUCUGACCGACCCCGCGGGACUCCCUGGGAGAUAACGAAGCACCAGCUCCUGGGAGGCCAGAGACGCAGGGUGCUGCACCCUUGCUGGUCUGCAAGAAGCAUCUGUGUUCCAGCCCUAUCCCUGGGACCUUGCGACCCCAGCCGGGUGGCGGCCGGCAGAGGGCGCUGCGGAGCAUGGCCGGAGAGCGACCUGGGGCGUGGUUCGGCUUCGGUUUCUGUGGCUUCGGACAGGCGCUGGGCUCCGGGCGAGGGCGCCAGGUGCGCAAUCCUGAGCCGCUGCGGGCGGGCGUCGACGUUUGUCGCGUUAGCGCGAGCUGGAGCUACACCGCCUUCGUGACCCGUGCAGGUCGUUUGGAGCUGUCUGGCUCCACUAAUGGAGCGGCAGAGGACUGCAGGGAUGCUUGGGCCUCGGAGGGACUCCUCGUGGUGAUUCGCACCGGGACGGAGUCUGGGACUGAACUGCAGGCGUGGACGCCCGGCUCGGCGCUGCGUGGGGCGCCCCUUUGGACCCAGAAGCUGGCGCCUGAGGCUGAGGUGGAAGACCAAGCACGAGAUGAGUCUGGAGCUGGCUCGCUGCCCCUGCUGCCUGGCGCCUGCGCCUACGUGAGUCCGCAGCCACCCUUCAGCCGGACUCUGGUCCCGGAGCUGCGGGCACGCCGGCUAGAGCUGGGAGCGGAACACGUGUUGUUGCUGUGCGCAGCUGGCCAGGUGUUCUCCUGGGGCGGGGGCAGGCACGGACAGCUGGGCCACGGGACGCUGGAGGCAGAGCUGGAACCAAGGCUUUUGGAGGCGUUGCAGGGCUUACCCAUGGCCGAGGUGGCGGCUGGUGGCUGGCAUUCUGUGUGUGUGAGUGAAACAGGGGAUAUUUAUAUCUGGGGCUGGAAUGAAUCGGGGCAACUGGCCCUGCCUGCAAGGAACCUGGCAGAGGAUAAGAAGAUUUUUACAGAGGAAGGUCUGAAUGAAGAUGGUUCUGAAGUGAAUAGAAUAUCUGGGGCUGAGGAUGGAGCCCCUGCUCCCUUCAUAGCUGUACAGCCCUUCCCAGCUCUACUGGAUCUUCCCCUGGGCUCAGAUGUAGUCAAAGCCAGCUGUGGAUCCCGGCACACUGCUGUAGUGACAAGAACAGGAGAGCUGUACACCUGGGGCUGGGGUAGCAAGGAAGCUUGGAGGAACCUCUUGCCUGUAAUGACUGGUUGCCACUGGACUUUUGGGACCCUGAGCCUGGCCCUAGAGGCUUUCUGGCUCCAGUCUCCUGGAUUCACAGAGCAAGCACCAGCAGGGGGUGGGUGUAAACCUUAUCCCCUCCUGGCUGCCAUCCAUGGGCUGCAUGGAAAAGUAGCAAGGUCUAUUGGAGAGGAUGGCAAAGAGGCUCAUCUCACUUCAGGUAAAUAUGGACAGCUUGGCCACAAGGAUAGCACCAGCGUGGAUCAGCCCUGCCUUGUGGAAUACUUUGUAGAGAAACAGCUCCAAGUGAAGACAGUCACCUGUGGGCCAUGGAACACCUAUGUGUAUGCUGUGGAAAAAGAGAAGAUCUGACAUGUGUGAAUGUAUGUAUUUAAGUUAUAAAAUAUAGAAAAGUGAACAAAAUAUGUUCGAAAAUUAUAAAGUUAACAAUUGUGAAACUCCCUUUUGGGAGGUGAGGAGAGAAAAAAAGAACUCCUUUUCAGGUUAGGGAAAACCAUUGCCAGCAUCCAAUGUCCUUGUAUUUGUCCCUUUCCAUCACAGCACUCCCCUUCACCUUAGAGCAGGGGCCUUAACUUUGCUGCACUAUAGAAACACUUGGAGAGCACUGGAAACUUUGAUGACACAGGCCAGUGUCCCAGAUGAUGAAUCAGAAACUCUGUAUGUGAGUCUUAGACAUAGAUGGGUUUUGAAGUUUUCCCACUACAUCCCAUUUUUUUUUUGUCCUGAGGACUGAAUUUAGGAUCUUGCACACUCUAGGCAAAUACUCUACCACUGAAGUACACUGCUACCCUUUUUUGAGACAGGGGUCUUGCUAAGUUUUCACCCCAAGCCUGGAUCUAGUCAGUCAUUUUCUAUACAAUGGUGAUUGUGCUUCAAUAAGUAGAAUCAUGGGGUAGAAAAAGAAAUUAGGUCCCAGAUGUUAAUAUUUGUUCUAGGCUGGCCUGGAACUUGUGAUCCUCCUUUCUCAGCCUCCUGAGUCACAGGGGUUAUAGAUGUGCGCCACCACUCUCACCCAGAUGAUUUUAAUGUACAACCAAGACUAGGAACCACUAUAGGUCAUUUUUUUCACUCAUUUCCCUGUAAUUCAUCAAUAUGUUGUAUUUUCGUUUGAUUCAAAAUGUUCUGAUUUCCCUUGAGAAUUUGCCUUAAUUUCUAAGUAUGUGUACUUCCUAAGAAAUUUUCUAUUAUAGUUUAAUUCCAUUAUGGUCAGGAACAUUUUAUUUCAAUCAUUACAAGGUUUUUUGUUUUUUUUUUUAGUUAGACAUAAUACCUUAUUUCAAUUAUUUUUAUAUGGUGCUGAGGAUCGAACCCAGGGUCUCAUGUAUGCGAGGCCAGUGCUCUACCGCUGAGCCACAAGCCCAGGCCUCAAUCAUUACAGUUUUUAAGACAAAUUUGUUAUGAUUUAUUUGACUAUUUUGAUGAAUGUAGCUUUUACUAAUAACAGAUUUUGGUUGGAGUUCUCCACACUUAGGUCUGGCUGAUUGGUGCUAGGGUAGUGUUUAGUUGUCUAGUCUUGCUGAUUUUUACCUAGCUAUCCUGUAUUGCUGGGAGAGGGUUAAGUCCUUGACUGUGGAUUUGUCCAUUUUUCUUUUCAGUUCUACCAGUUUUAGCUUUGUCUGUCUUGAAGCUGCUUUUAAAAUAUAGACACAUUUAGAAGUGGAACAUCACUGAAAGUGGCAAAGUAAGAAAACUCUGGGUUCAUCUCCCACAAAACCAACUAAUAAAUUGUAUGGUCUUUUUCAAAGAA